AUGGAAUGCCGGGCAAACCGUCGAAGUUGAGCUCAACGAGCGUCACCAUACAAGUGCAGUUAUUUUUAAGAACGCCCAAGACAAAUACUUUGCUUGUCUAGUUUUCGGAUUUUCUGCCCGUUUAUACUGGAAUUCGUGGCCGAUAAUUGGAUAAGAUUAGAAACCAAGUGAAUCCGUCAACCACAAAUAUUAUUACCGUCAAAUCAUCGUCUGACUUGACAAUUUCGGAUCCGGUAUCAUUAAAGCAGGAUUCGCAGGAGAUCACAUACCGAAAUGCAGAUUUUCGAAUUUUAUUGGGAGGCCUAAGCACAAACGCGUAAUGGCUGGAGCUCUCGAAGGAGAUCUUUUUGUUGGGCCUAAGGCUGAGGAGCAUCGUGGCCUGUUAACGAUCCGAUACCCAAUGGAGCACGGUGUAGUCAACGAUUGGAAUGAUAUGGAGAAAAUCUGGCAAUAUAUUUAUUCUAAGGAUCAACUACAAACAUUCUCGGAAGAGCAUCCAGUAUUGUUAACUGAAGCUCCAAUCAACCCAUUGAAAAAUCGUGAAAAGGCUGCUGAGAUCUUUUUCGAGACGCUAAACGUACCUGCGCUGUUCGUUUCGAUGCAAGCCGUACUUAGUCUAUACGCUACAGGCCGCACUACUGGUGUUGUCCUUGACUCAGGUGAUGGAGUAUCCCAUGCUGUCCCAAUCUAUGAAGGUUUCGCCAUUCCUCAUUCAAUAAUGCGAAUCGAUGUGGCUGGUCGUGAUGUCACACGCUAUUUGUUGCGGCUCUUACGAAGAGAGGGUCACACAUUCCACACAUCCGCUGAAUUUGAGAUUGUAAAGAGUAUCAAACAAAAAGUCUGCUAUUUGUCAACAAAUCCCCAGCGCGAUGAAGGAGCUGAGAUGGAGAAGACUCAGUUCGCACUACCGGACGGAAGCAGUAUUGAUAUUGGCACUGCGAGGUUCCGCGCACCUGAAGUUCUCUUCAGGCCGGAUCUUAUUGGUCAAGAAUACGAAGGUAUGCACGAAGUCUUGGUGUAUGCGAUCCAACGCUGCGAUAUGGAUUUACGGAAGGUACUUUACCAGAAUAUCGUUUUAUCCGGUGGGUCGACCCUGUUUAAGGGCUUCGGAGACCGUCUUCUCAGUGAAGUAAAACGAAGUGGACCGAAAUCGGUGAAAAUACGAAUUUCCGCGCCCCAGGAGAGGCUUUACUCAACAUGGAUCGGAGGCUCGAUCUUAGCAUCACUAGACACGUUCAAGCGGAUGUGGGUGUCUCGGCGAGAAUAUGAAGAAGAUGGAGUUAAGGCACUCCAUCGUAAGAUAUUUUAAGCAUCAAAUAGUAUAGAAACCAACUCCUAUACACGGACAUACAUGGCAGACAUCACACAGGACUCUCGAAAAAUAACGAACUGUAUGCAUCGUGUGGAUGUUACUAGACUAUUAUAGAGGCCUAUUGGAAACUACUGGUUCGUGGUGAGCGUUUGUAACACAAUGAUUUAACAAGGAAAAAUUUAGUACACCGACAGUAUAUUUACAUACAAUAGUAGAAAGAUAAAGCAGGUCACCCAGAGGGGGCUCAUAAAUCCUAAUCCUGGUUAGACUCGUCCUUAAUCGGAGCAUCAUAUAAACACGAGUAGCUGUAGAGAAAAACCGUAUGUAUCUGUUUUCUUGUACGCCAAAUAACACGUAUACAGUAAUUGAUCGGUAAAAGCUGUGAUUUAUCAUUACAAUUAGUGUUCAAAGCUCUAAUGAUACUAGCAUAAUCAUUUCUGAAUAUUCGAUCAUAAAUAUGGAAUACAGAAUCAGAGCGCGCUUUGGUGGGAUCGGACUAUCGAUUAACUAUUUAAUCACAGCUAAAAGAGGAUUACAGUUUCCUGUUUCACGAAUAUUAAAUUAUUGCUUACGAAUUAACCAACUAUUUUCUUACAAUUACACACGCAGGAGAAGAGACUAAGAACGAUAUCAGAAAGCGCAUUGAGAGUUUCUGAAUGCGGUCGUGCUUGAUUUGUAUAAGUGAAUGAAAAGGUGUUGUAUGAUCACGGGGCUUUAAGGCUUGACGUUGCGUUGGCAGCGUUUAUGUAAAUAAUAUUAUUUAUAUAUUUUAUCUCUGCUAAAUGUAAGUUAUUAUAAUAAUAUAAGAAAAAUAAAAAAGUGGAUUGUUACGU